AUGCAAGAAUGCAAAAAGAAUUUGGAUAUUAUAAAUAGCAUAUUGGAAGACUCAGGCGUGGUUCGAUACAAUGCUAUGAAGAACAGAUUUAGAAACGAAAGCACAGACUCGCAGACACUUCUCUGUCUGUAUAGAAACACAGAGAAAGAGCACAUGGAGGGAAGUGCCAUAGACCUUUACAGGACCAAUUUGCAGAAACUUAGAAGAAAGAUAGAGGAAAGAAGGCUCAAAAUAACAGAAACUAUCCGCAAUGGGAUUACCACAGAGGAGAUGGAGGAGACUAUUUCUGUUCGUAAUGAGGAAGAAAUUGUCACGAUUAGCCCAAAUGGAACAGCGACUCCCUUUGUCCCAGAUAACUCUAUUCCAAAAUACACUCUUAAUGUGGAAGAUGUCAAAUCGCCGGAUGACUUUAAGUAUGCAACUGUAGUGGGCACAAUAGAUGUUUUGAUGGACAAGAAAAAGUAUAAGUCUGAACUCAAGCUUGAUGGAACAAUCCUCGAAACUCGGAUAGCAGAUAAAAAGAAGGGGACUGAGACUGUUGUCAGCGUGGACAUAACUCUUGCCAAGCUGUUUAUUAUAGCAAAGAGCAACAAGACAUUCCUAAGAUGCAUGCAAAAGCCCUCAAAGCACAUCUAUCUACACAAAGAGAUAGAUAUAGUCAACAUUACAAAUGGUUCUCCUGCAGAGCUGAUCUUAAAGAACAUAAACAUAGGCAUGUUUAUUAAAGAGAAGAUAAAAACCUUUGAGUUUUUUGUACAAGAUGUAUAUAACAGCAAGCUCUCCUAUAAAACCUCCAAUCCAGAUGAAUUCCUUCGCUGGCUGCUGCUUAUAAAGUCUAGAAUGUAUACGGUGGAUAAAUGGAGCAAGGAUGAGCUCCUGCAGACCAUCCGCAAGUGA